UUCCGGCUCGCCGCGCCGCGUGCAGCAGCAGCUUUACCCUCCCCACCAAUUGCCCAAAACGAUCAACCCCAAGGACUGCUCCCACGCCGGGCCGGCCGCCGGCCGGGGUUGACUCACUCACUCAGUCUCCACUCUCCACGGCGGCGGCGGCGCCGGCCGCCGGCAGAUGGACAUGGACGGCGUUAACGAAGGCUGCGGCGAGGGCUGCGACGUGGAGGGCUGCGAGUGCGGGGCGGACGGCUGCGAGGAAUGCGAGUGGUGGAGGCUGCACUGCUACUGGAGCCACGCCGGCGACCGCCCGAGGCACUUCUCCCUCGUCGCCGGCGACGAUUUCGCGGACCAUAUGCGCAUACGGCCGCCGGUUGCGAGCCAUCUGAGGAACUUGAUCACCGAGUUCGACAAGAUCCAACUUGAAGCUCCUAAUGGCCGCAGCUACCCUGUUAAAAUCGGUUGGGAGUUUGGUGACAUUGUUCUCAGGUCUGGAUGGCAUGACUUUGUCGAGGCGCAUCACAUAGAGCAAAACUACUCCAUCCGGUUCGUGUACCGUGGGAACUCCAGCUUCGAGGUUCACAUAUCCGGUUCAUCCGGUCACGACAACUCUUCUCCACCACCUCCUCGUGAUCGUCAUGUGCUGAAUGAACAAGUGGUGCCUGAUCCUGCACAUGUUCAGACAUCAAUCAACAUUGACUAUACCGCAUUCCCCGGGACCAGGCUAAGCCAUGAACAAGAGAAGAAAGUGCUAGAACUAGCUCAGAGCAGCAUGAGGUCUGAAUUUCGUCUGCAUGUGGCAGCUGUGAACAAAAGGAAUGCCAACGGGGACUGCCAUGUUUACAUACCCUUGACGCUUUUGGACAGUUUCAAAGAGGGGAUAACUGAAGCUCCCAUUCAGCUCAAAGCCCAUAGCAACGACAUGAUAUACGUUGUUGGCGCAAGCAAGCAUGGUGACGAUCAAGUAAUCCUCCAAUCUGGGUUGAGUCAUUUUGUAGAUGGUCACCGCAUGCAAGACAACGACCUCCUCGUCUUCAGAAGCAAGGGGAAAGCCCGGCUCGAAGUUCUUGUCCUUGACCCAAGUGGUUGUGAGAAAACUUGGUUUGACAUGGGAAACUCUUCAAACGUUUCCAGAGAAGGCCGUCGUGCACAAGCUCAGAAUAUGGCUUCAACAUCCUUUGGUUGGGCUAAAUCAGGACUCCAAGCUCGCGAGUCGAACGAAGCCGGUUUACAAGCUCCUAGGUGCAACAAUUACAUAUCAACCGGGUCCCCUCUACAUAGCCAACAGGAAGCAAAAGUCCAAGAGAGAGUUCGGGCAAUCGGUUCCGAAUUUCCUGUGUUUGUGAAAGUGAUUACCUCCAGUGAUGUUGCUACCGCUCCUUCUCUGUACUUGGGCAAGGACUAUGCUUCGGCAUGUCUGCUGACCCAGCCAGGACGUCUCCGCCUCCUGCUGGAGGGCGACGAGAGGGAUUGGGACUGCAGGUUGGGCUUGAGGAAAUCUAACAAAACUUGGUGGAUCGACAGAUCCUGGCCGAAAUUCAUCUCGGAUGUCGGGCUGGAGGAAGAUGACAUCUGCCUCUUCGAACUGACGGACAGGAGCAGUCUCACGAUGAAGGUCCAUGUCAUCCGCAAGUCGGAUAUACCGGCGCCAUGAGAGAGUUUGACUCAAGAAUGACCUGAUGCUAGACAGAAUCUGUAGCUAACUGACGGUGAUGGACCCCACACUAUUGCUGACUCCUGUGCUAUUGUUGCUGAUCCCUGUAUUGCUGCUUGUUUAGCAGCCACCUCAUGAGCAACUUCCUAUAACUAACUAGUGAUGCUUCGGAUUUCCACCA